AUUCGUUUCACACUGGAAGCAGAAGUGAGUUGAUGUGCGGAGGAAGAACGCAAUGCUUUCAUCACACGUCGGAAGUGAGUCGGUGUGUCAUGACGCGUCCUGACAGUCAGCGGGACGAGUGGAAAUUAGGAAACGGUGCAGAUCUCUGGGAAUCAUUAGCUCAGCUCUGAUGUGUUUGCUCACGGGGUCAAAGUGCAGACUGAAAGCGUGUCACCCGGAGUCUCUGCCUGGUGUAUCUCAGCGAUUCCUGCAGGUUUGUGAAGUUUGAUUGCUCUGAAUCAGGUGCUGAUGAUGGAGAGCGCGCAGCAGACGGUCGCGAGGGUCUCGCAGGAGCUGAAGUGCAGCCCCACAUCCCGCAGGGUGGCGGAACAUCUGGACAAACAGGAUGAGCUGCGCCACCUGCGCCAGGAGUUCCUCAUACCCAAAAUAUCAGAGCUGUCGACCUCGGAUUUGUCACUUGUGGAUGGUGCCGAAGAUUGCGUUUAUUUAGCUGGGAAUUCACUGGGUCUCCAGCCGAAAAACACCAAAAAAUACAUCGAUGAGGAGCUGGAGAAAUGGGCCAAAAUGGGAGUCCAUGGCCAUCUGAAGGGGUCGCGACCUUGGGUCUGGGCUGAAGAGAACCUGGAGGAGCAGAUGGCAAAGAUCGUUGGUGCUAAACCUGAGGAAGUGGCUCUGAUGAAUGGACUGACAGUCAAUCUGCAUCUUCUGAUGCUUUCCUUCUACAAACCAACUCCAAAACGCUACAAGAUCCUUCUAGAAGAGAAGGCCUUUCCAUCAGAUCACUACGCCAUUGAAUCUCAGAUCCGGCUGAGAGAACUGGACGUGGCCGACAGCAUGCUGAUCAUUAAACCCAGACAGGGUGAAGACACCAUCAGGACGGAGGAUAUCGUGUCGCUCAUCGAGCGGGAGGGCGACGCCAUCGCUCUGGUCAUGCUCAGCGGCGUUCAGUAUUACACCGGUCAGCUGUUCGACAUGGAGGCCAUUACCAAAGCAGGACACGCCAAGGGGUGUUUGGUAGGGUUUGAUUGUGCACACGCUGUAGGAAAUGCAGAACUGCGAUUUCACGACUGGAAUGUAGAUUUUGCUUGCUGGUGCUCUUAUAAGUAUGUGAACUCAGGGGCCGGUGGUCUGGCUGGAGCGUAUAUACAUGAGAAACACGCUCACAGCAUUAAACCUGCACUGACGGGCUGGUGGGGACACAAUCUGAAGACCAGAUUCCUCAUGAAUAACGAAAUGGACCUUCAGCCUGGUGUUAAUGGAUUCCGUCUGUCCAAUCAGCCCAUCUUACUGGUGUGUCCACUACAGGCCAGUCUAGAGAUUUUUAACCAGACGAGUAUGAAGGAUCUGAGGAAGAAGUCGUUGCUGUUGACGGGGUAUCUGGAGUAUCUGAUCAGACAUUACUACACCAAAGACCCGUCAGACCCCGACAAACCCUCGGUUCGCAUCAUCACGCCCUCUGACCCCGAGCAGAGAGGCUGUCAGCUGUCUCUGUGCUUCUCUUGUCCGAUCAGAGCCGUGUUCGAGGAGCUGGAGAAGAGAGGAGUCGCCUGUGAUAUGAGGGAGCCCGAUGUCCUGCGGGUCGCUCCGGUGCCGCUCUACAACUCCUUCGCUGAUGUUCACCGCUUUAUCGCAGCUCUGGGAUCAGCGCUGAGCGCCAGCGGAGCCAAACAGUGACACACCAUCACACGACUGUGCCACAUGAGGUCUGAAGUGUUUUCGUUGGCUGUCGUUGGUCUGCGAAGCUGCUCGUUAACACGACGAGAGCGUCAGUCUUCAUUACAGACAAAACCGUUUCAAUGCAGGUGUUUGCAAAUGGCCAAUAAAUGUGUUUCUUUACUCAGUUACUGUUAUAUUUCAUCAUAGAUUUUUAGACUAGUUUAAAGAAUGGAUUUAAUAUACAUGCUAAAAAUUAGUCUUUGUUCAUCAAACAAACAAUUCCGUUCAAAUUUGUACUGGUAUUAAACUUGGUCUCACAUAGCUCAGCCAAUAAUUACCCUGUUAUGGCCAAUAACUAAUAACUUGCCAAAUGAAAUUCUGGUCUGUGUAUUAGGUGCUAUAAACUAGUGUGUAUGUGCAUGGAAAAAAUAAGCACAUUGUACUUAUUGUGUUCGUAUUGUAUUGCAAAACACUUUUGCCGCUACUGAGGUGGGAUGUGGCUUAGGUUAGGGACAGGUUGGAUGGUAUGGGUAGGUUAAAGUGUACGGGAUGGGUCAACAGUGUAAUUAUAAAUGUAAUUACAUUAAUUACUUACAGAUGUAAUUGCAUAUAGGUAUUUUUUAAAAUGUAAAUGCAAUGUAAAAACAGGUAUGUAAGUGCACUGGACCAAAUGAUUCAUUUAAAUGUAAGUACAUAGUAGUUAAGGCCACCUAAUAUAAAGUGGGGCUGAAAUUCCAUACUAUUUUUUUAUUUUAUCAAUUAAAAAAAAAGCUAAAAUCUAAAAAUAAAUUCAAGUUAGGCAUCACAACAUUAAAGUAAAGUAAGAAAAGUGGAUAUUCAUUUUGAGAUUUGUUAAAUUAGCAUUUUUUUUUUUUUAAUUAAAGAUUAAGAUGAUGACAUAGUCAACUGAUAUAAUUUUUUCAAAAGCAGAAGGAAUAUUUUCAGGGCAGUAAAACCAUGAAACUAAGUCUUACAGUUUAAACAGUGUUUUUCACAUGAGAACAGUGCAGUAAUCUUUUGUACUUUGCACUGGAGUGAGUUAUUCAUUGGUAAACCCUAAAACAAGCCCCUCAUGGGAAAAAGUGUCCUGUUUGUUGAGGGACGUUUGUCCUUCAGAGUGUGUUCAUUUGCUUCAUUAAAGCUGAGAGUUUGAAUACAA